AUGAAUACAACAAAAUUAAGGAAAUUCGAUGAAAAUAAUAUUGACUGUUAUCGUUGCAAGCAUUUUUUGAAUAUACCACAAAAUCUUAUAGAGGCUUGUGAAAAAAUCUCAGACUAUACAGAAGACUAUGAGGCUGAUAUAGCUUUUAUACAGGCUGUGGUUUGGCUAAAAUCAAUGACAAUGUCCAUGAAAGAUAUUUCCAUUGAACAAUUUCAUUUGGUAUUUCAUAAACAAUGGAAUUCUACAGGUAAGGAUUUUGAGUGUUGCAAUCGAGGUAGAAUUUCUGAAGUUGAAGAACGUGAUCGCGAAUGUCUGCAUUCGACAAAUUCGCAUAAUGUAACUCCGAAAAGGGAUAUAUUACUGGGCAGUUAUUUAGAGUACGCGAACUCCAUCAAUUCAGUCUGCAAUGUUAAGCAGAAUAAAAAGUGUAGUUUAUCGCAGCACCACCAACAAAGUAACGCGAAACAAAACGAUGAGGAUUUCAUAAAGAGCUGGAGCGAUCUAUCCAUCUUUGAUUCUCGAACUAGGGAAAGAUAUUGUAAAAAGAGUUUUACUGAAAACAGUACCACUCUGAAUAACUUCGUCAUUUCAGAAUCGGAUACAGAAUAUUCAUCCUGUUCGGAUAUAUUCAAAGAUUCUUUCGAAAACGAAGACAUUAAUAAGGUGGUACGAAAUAUAAAUGAUAAGUUGCUUGAGGGAAGCGAUUUUGAUAUUAAAACAUCGGUGGAAAAAUUUUUGUUAACUUCUUGUGACAGUAAUUUUUCACGGAAGUGUUAUUUAAAAUUGAAAAAUGAUGUUGCUGUUAGCUCGGGAGAAGAUGAUUCGUCAGACGAAAACUGUUCAAACUUAGCGUUAGAGUUAAUUACUGAACGCACAAAAGUAUUUAAUUCUCAUUUUAGUACGAAGAAUCUUCCAUUUUCUGUGAAACAGGAUGAUAAUGUUACUUGCGCUCAGAAAGACAGCGCGUACGAUACGUAUCUAUUGAGCGGAGACUGUUCCAUUCUCCAAAAUGAAGACGUUAUUUUAUCGGGUGAAAAAAUUGACAAUAUUAUCUCUUAUCCAAGAGAAAAUAACGGAACAGACGUGCAGGAUUUGGAAUUUUGUACUGCAUACAUGACCGAAAAAGAUAGGAUGUCUGAUAAAAGUCAGCAGUCGUGCCUAUCUUCGUUGAAAUUAUCCUUUCAUCAGAAAGAUGACGAAGGUGCAGAUUUGAUUAGUAUAAAAUCGUGCGAACGAGAUGCGAAAAAGCAUUCCGAAGGGUGUGAAAGUUCGACGGAGAAUACGGGACUUACGGGAUCAUGUGCAAAGAAAAGAAAAUUAGAUUGUGCGAACGAAACGGACUGUACGCAUAAGGAGAAUAUAAAAGUAGAGAAAAUGGUCCCUUCUAAAUGGCUGAAAUUUACGCUCGAUGCUCUGAGUACAGACAACGUUGCUUUUCAAUCGGUUAAAGUAAUACUCUCGAUUCUUCAAGAUGAAAGAAUAUCGAGGCAAUAUAUGAGAAAAAGGUGUUGGAAUGAUACUUUAGAAGCUGAAGCUGUAAACACGAUAUUAAACUUUCGUGAUGUUUACGAAGCUGAAAAGAAAAGCAACGCGUGCACGCAUGAAAUUUUGCAAACCGUAACUAAUAUACUGGAGAAAGGCAUAGGAAACCCUGAAUUGAAUAAGAUUACAAUAUUGACUCAUGAAAUAUCUAUCGCUUUAGAACUGUGCAAUUCUACGAAAGUUUGUAUUGAAACGAUAAAUUAUUUAAUUACGAAAUUGAAAUCUCAGGAAGGUAUUUUAGUCUCUCUGAUGAAUGGCAAAAAAGCCGACGUAUAUGGCAUCGUAAAUCAAUUACAUAUUAUAUUUUAUGCGUUAACUUUAUGUUUUCAAAAAUAUCGUUUAUUCUUCUCUACUAAAGAUGGCAAUAAAUUCGAAGACGAAACAAUACCACCCGUUGUCGAUUUAUGGAAAAAACAAUUGAAAUCCAAGGAUAUGAUAGUAGAGGACAGCGUGUAUAAAAGGGAACGCCGAUGGUUAAUGAUUCUGGAUGAUUUUACAGUAGUUGUUGCAGAUAACUUUACUCAAUUUGCAGAAAAGUCACGUCAAUUAGUCAAUAUAUUGACGUGCAAAUAA